CCCCCACCCGGUGCGCCGCUCACCCCCGAACCACAGCCAACUCGGCGCUGCUCGUUGCGCCUCGGUCAAUCCGCGACUAGUAUGGCGCUACGCGCUCCGACACGCCACCGUGUACGUAGCGUGCUUUCUUAAUCGUGAGCCACCGAUCGUGCACCGUGAUUACACACACGCUGGCCGCGGGUGAAACACGCGCCAAUCAUUCCUCCUACCCCGAUACGACAGGAGUUCGACCGAUUCAACCGAUCACCCGGCAUCCAAUCCUUGUUUUCGAACCGGGUGUAAAGAAGAGAAAGUAAGAGUGGGAAUAGAAGAAAACUUACCCCCAUCGUGAAGAUUCUUGUUGUUCGUCCAAUAGUAUCGAACGAAGGGUCGAAGGAUAGAUAGAGAGAGAGAGAGAGAGGAAGGCGAGUGCGUGCCGCGACUGAGGAAAAGGGAGCGAUAAGCUGAGUCAAAGGGGUUGCUGUUUUGUAACCGCGUGCACCCAGGUUACUGAUCACUUGAGCAUCAUCGGUUGGUAUUGUUCCAAGUGCAAGAUUCCAUCGCGGUUAACGUGGGACAAAUAACGUGGGGGAUGAUAGGUGGAUUCCGUUUGUAGAAUCGGUGAAAUGAUAGCGUGGUCAAUCGCUGGCCGAGGGUGCACGAGGGUGGACGGUGGCCGCGGCAGGUGUCUGACCGGGCACGAGCUCUAAGGGCAAUGAUGCGAGUGGAUUGGCCGACACGAGGACCAGACAGGACAGAGAGGAAGAAUCCGCGAGGGGAACGUUGAAGGUUUGAACGAUUGGCCAAUUGUGGUGGAGGAAGAAAGAAGAGGAAGGGAGGGCAGAGUCGGUGUGAACUGCACAGCUGAUCGCUGAUAAACAUGAGAGUGCCGCGUAACGCGAGCGUUGUGUCCGUUUGUUAACUUGAUGCCAUCCAAUCGAACGAUCCUUAUCCACCGUGUGACAGAGUUGUAGAGAGUCCGAGUUGUUCAUAUCCUCGAUCCCUUCGAGCAAAGGGAUUCGCAACGAGGACAACAUGGCAUGCCCUUUUUCGCGGGAUCUCUCGAAGGCUGGCUGCGACGAGCAGACUGGCAGGGGGGACAAUGAUCGUUCGAGGAUCGCCAGAUUGGGAAGAGACGAUGGUGGCAAGUCUAGGCAAUCGUCGUUCGAAGUCACAUCGUUGCUGAUGAGGGAGGAAACCGAGGACGCGGAAGACACGCAGACCCUCAACCUGAAGCACCUGAGGGCGGCUGUGCUCGUGCUCACAAAUCCAUCGAACGAGGUGGUUGCCGUGGCUCUUGGGGCAUUGUUGAGCAAAGGCGAGGAAUCGUUCCCAACCGCGAGGUCUCUCGAGAAGCUGCUGUGCAACGUCGAGGCCGAGGAGAACUAUAACUUACUGGAGGACAUUUACGAGACGUUAAGUUAUGACUGCGACGUGGACGUGAGCACGUUUUUCGAUCAGCUCGGGCAGGAGGUGAUUUAUACGGCUUGCGUCGGUCUACUGGAACGAGCGUUCCGCUGCCUCGGGAACAAUCUGACGGCGUUCCUGACCACUCUCGACGGCGUGAACGACGUGGUGCAACAUCAGUCCGGAUCCGAGGCGGAGGCAGAGUUCGUAUGCAUCGCCACGCCGGAAGCGAUCGAGCUCCAUUUCACGACAGAUCACCCCUCUGUCGCGUAUCUACUGGUCGGAAGUCUGAAGGGUAUCGCAAGACAAUUUUACAACGACGAUGCCAAUGUAUACAUUCUACCCGAUCCCUACAAUACGAAAUUUUUUAGGUAUCGUAUCACUCCAGAACUCUACAGCGAGCAUUUGGUAGUACCAGAGAUCGACGAUAAUCUGGAGACCUCCCUGUUCCGUCCAUUGUCGACCGAAGCCACGGAUCUUCGUAUGGGGGUAGCGAGUUUUUGCAAAGCAUUUCCAUGGCAUUUCGUGGUUGAUCGGCAAUUAGAGCUCGUGCAGCUUGGGGUCGGAUUUAUGAGGAUUUUCGGCCAUCAUCUAAAUCGUUUGGGAAGAGAAAUAUCGACGUAUUUCACCUUUACACGGCCAUGCGGAAUUACUUUGACCUUUCACGAGAUAUUGAAACGCGCGAACACGCUCUUCGUUCUCACCCUCCAAAGACCUCAGGAUGUCGAUAAAUAUCCAGCAGAGGGUCUAGAGAUGAAAGGUCAAAUGGUCCAUUGUCCGGAAUCAGAUUCCAUCCUGUUCGUGAGCUCACCAUUUUUGAAUGGUCUGGAAGGAUUAACUGGCCGAGGACUUUUUAUAUCCGAUAUUCCAUUACACGACGCUACGAGAGACGUUAUCCUGGUGGGGGAACAGGCUAGGGCACAGGAUGGUUUGAGAAGACGAAUGGAUAAAUUGAAAAGUUCCAUAGAAGAGGCAAAUCUUGCUGUGUCUGCAGAAAGAGAAAAGAACGUCAGCUUGCUUCAUCUUAUAUUCCCUCCAGAUAUAGCGAAGCGUUUAUGGUUGGGAGAAACAAUCGAGGCAAAAACUUAUCCUGAAGUAACGAUGCUUUUCAGCGAUAUCGUCGGUUUCACAGAAAUUUGUUCCACCGCGACACCGAUGAUGGUCAUUAACAUGCUUCAAAAUCUUUAUGAACAGUUCGAUUCGUUUUGCGGUCAGUUGGAUGUUUAUAAGGUGGAAACAAUCGGAGACGCUUAUUGCGUGGCAUGUGGCCUCCAUCGUGACACUUAUAUUCAUGCACAACAAAUAGCUUGGAUGGCCUUAAAAAUGAUACAAGCAUGUUCUCAUCAUCUAACUCAUAAGGGCAAACCAAUUAGGAUGCGUAUUGGAAUUCAUACUGGAAUGGUAUUAGCGGGUGUUGUUGGGAAAAAAAUGCCAAGGUAUUGCCUUUUCGGGCACAAUGUUACCUUAGCCAAUAAAUUCGAAUCUCUGAGCGAACCACUUCGUAUACACGUUAGUCCAACGACGUAUAUCUUAUUGAAAUAUCCUAUAUCAGGAUUCGAUCUGGAACCACGACAGAAAGAAUUCCUGCCCAAGGAAUUCCCAGCUAACAUAGAAGGAACGUCUUAUUUCCUGAACGAUUACAAGCACAAGGACGUCGAUGUGACUCUACCGUUGGAUCUGCAUAUUCAGAACGCGAUCAGGGAAUACGGUCUUGGAAGCACUGUGUAGAUAUUUAAAUAAUAAAAAAGAACCAUUCCAACGAAUGUGCGUCGUUCGUGAAUGUCGCUGUACCAAUUGCUACUCUGUCCAUAAUAACAACAAUUUCUCGGUAAACGUCUGUUCUCCAAUCAAUUCACAAAAAUGGCACCGUGUAACGACGUUGAUUCCAACCAGCCUAAACAGCCGAUUACCUGGCCCGAUAAUAUUUAUACGCAGAGUUUUAGGUUACAAUUAUAUACUUAUGAUUAUAUGAGCAAAUAAAUCUGUAUGAUAAUUCGUCUAA